UCUCUCAGUCUCUCUCUUCUCAGAGACAGGUUGGGUUGUGGCUGACUGCCUGUCUUUGUGAACAUUGUAGUUGUGGUUAGUUAAAACGGCGAUGUUGAUGCUCGCAUCGUAAACAUCGAAGCCCCCAAACAAAAAACAAAUAGAAAAAACAAUCUCUCUUUUUAGAUCCCUCAGAUUUCUCAGAAGCUCUCUUCGAUCUGAUCGCCCCACGUUUUCAUUUUCCACUCUUCCCAUUCCAUUUAAACUAACCAAACAAUACACUUCCACACCACUCUGUUUUCUGUUUUCUGUUUUCUGAUUUCUGCUCUGUUUCCCGAAAUGGCGUCGUUUACGGUGCCGUGCCCUAAGACCUUCUCGCUCCCCCGCCUCGGAUCGACGGUUCGAGAUUCGGAUCCUCGCGGGUCCAGCCCCAGACCGUCCGUGUUAUUCGGAUCUUCGCUCGGUGAGCCGAGGCAAUCCAGAGUCUGGAAGGUGUGUGCACUGCUUAAUCAGGUUACUGCCGAGAAAUCUUCAAAUUCGUCACCUGUACUUUCCACAAAGCCUGGAGUUGCAUCAUCACAAGCGAAAGAUGAGUCAGCAGAUCAAUACAGUACUCCGGAUGCAUCAUCAAUCUCAGCAUUCAUGUCUCAAGUAUCAGACCUCAUCAAACUUGUGGAUUCAAGAGAUAUUGCGGAGCUGCAAGUGAAGCAAUUGGACUGUGAGAUUUUAAUAAGAAAGAACGGAGCUUUGCCGCCGGCAGCGCCUGUUUCUAGUGUGUCACCACAUCUAACCCAUCUGAUGCUCCCAUCACCUCCACCACCAGCUGCGGCAGCUGCUACUGCUUCUGCAAGCCCUCCUCCUUCAGCACCGGUAUCCACCUCACCUGCCCCUGCAAAGGCAAGCACUUCAUCGCAUCCACCACUGAAAUGCCCCAUGGCUGGGACCUUCUAUCGCUGUUCUGGACCUGGCGAACCACCAUUUGUCAAGGUAGGAGAUAAAGUCCAGAAAGGUCAGGUCAUCUGCAUCAUCGAGGCCAUGAAACUGAUGAAUGAAAUUGAGGCUGAUCAGUCUGGAACAGUAGCAGAGAUUCUUGUAGAGGAUGGGAAACCAGUUAGUGUAGACACGCCUCUUCUUGUGAUUGUACCAUGAGUUACUUGCAAGGGCCUCCUACAAACGUGUUGGUGAUAGUCGCUCUUUCGAGUCCAAGUUUCAUUUUCAGAAUUUACUAAUGUCUAUUACUCUGUAACUUUAAUUUAAUAAUGGUCAUGUUUAAGUAAGGGUCUUUUCUUUUGACAUUAUAUUUAACAUUUAUGAUUUACCAAAGGCAUAAAAAAGCUCAAUGUAAGAGAUGGAACAUAGUAUUUGCUUAGUUCAUGGGUGUAUGGAAAGUUUGUUAUGGAGUUUGUCAUUAUUUCUUGCA